AUGGUUCAAACACCACAACAGCGCCGGGCAAACGCCAAGUACGCGUCAGUCAAUGAGAAGCGUAUGGGCAAGCCUGAGUCGACACUGAAGAAGAAGGAUGCGCCCAAGUCUCCAGUGAACAAGAUCAUCGUUGGCGUACUGAUCUUCGUUGUAAUCGUUCCCCUGCUGCUGGAGCCGCUGAGGCUGUUACCUCAAGCCUGGGAAUACAUCAUGCAGAUUCUCUCGAGCAUCGGUUUGGUCAAGCGUUGA